AGAUUAUCGAAAAUAUUGUAUCAAAUUGGAUAUUUCCAAUUUCCCUUUUCUUCUCCGAUUUCUCUUAACUUCGAACCCUAGAUUUUCUCCGGCUACCUUUAAUUCUCCCUUUCUGCUUUCCGGCCACCUCCCUGAGGCCCCCGGCCAUGACAUUUAGUAUCAGAGCGGUCCUUCCUCGGCCGUCUCUAUAUCGAUUUCACUGUCCGAUUCACCCUUUUCUUCCCCUUCUGAUUCGAACCCUCUGAAAGUUUGAACUCUGUUUCUCUUCCUCCUCAUUUUUGAACUCUGUGCGUGAUUCUCCAUUUUCUCUGAUCGCACCAACCCUUAAUGUUUCCGUUUUGUGCCGUCCCGCCGCUUAAACGAUGGGAUUCUUCCUUCCCGAAAUUUCUAGGGCCGAAACCUUACUACAUCUUCCACCCUCUGAAGCUUUUCCCUUAGUUCCGAAACCCUAUGGUCUUCCAAAACCUUCGCCGUUCGGAGUUUACAUAUUCUCCGGUGAAGACAUCAGUGAAUGGCUUGACCGAAUCGAUCAAUUUUUCUUCUAUAAUCGAAUUCCCCCUAAUGAGAAACUCUUCACAACCUCUUUUAACAUGGCCGGCGAUCCUCUCCAGUUCCUACAUGGUAUGGGAUGCACGUCACAAUUGGAGGAUUGGGAAAAAUUCGCCGACCAGUUGGAGCUACGGUUUGGUAGAUACAUCCGACCAACCCUAAGGAUUAAUGUUUGGGAGGCGUCAAUUGAAGAGGUUUCAGUCACAGAGCCCUCGUUUGAGGAAUGCAUAGGGUGUAAAUUAGCCCUAGAUGGUGACCAAGGAGGAGUAUUGGUCACCGGUGUUGAGGAAAUUGAUGAAGUUGUUGCGGAGAAAUCCGAGGGGAAGCCAAUCAAUGAGGCGCCUGAUGAAAAUGAACCUUCUGGAAGCAAGGCGGAGAUGGAUUCGUUGGAAAUCGAAGUCUCUAUUUUUCCGUUUGAAGCUUCAAAGUCUGAUAAAGAAGUUCACCGUGCAUGUUCCUAAAGCGGAAGGGAGCUGAAGCAGAUUUCAGGGAGCAAUAUGGUAACAUGAUCUUUGACAACUUGGCUAAUGGGGUUAAUCAUCAACAUCAUUGUUGCUGUGUAAAUGUGUCUGUUUUCCAAGGUGAUACUGGGUUAAACCGUCAUGAAGCUCAUUUUAAAUGUUGUUUGUUUGGGAACUUUAUUUUGGGUCUAAGGAAUUACAGCUUACUGUCAAGUUGCUUUGAGCAAACGCAGGACUACGUGAUCUUAAAUGAAGCAAAGAACAUCGGUGGUAAAACCUUCAGCAGUAGAGUUCUUUCUGGUUGGUUAAGUAAGGAGGGUACUUUAUACAGGGAAAGUCUGGGUGCUGGAAGCAUAACAGCUGAUCAGAGUGGCACUGUUGGCUUUUGCAUCAGCACUGUUGCUAAAAAUUAGGAAUUGGAUGCUCAAAGUACACCACCAUAUGAAACGAGUACUAUUUGGGAUCCAAGAAUAUUUGUCAGAGAAUUGGAGGGUGCUGAAAUGGCUUUUAGAGAAAUGACCAGGGAACACCAACGCUGGACUCGAGUUGCAACUGAUUUGAAGGAUAGUACCUUGCUGGUGGAAAUGGAAGCUCUGGUUCAAACAACAAUGUGUUCUAGAGACAGGAUGACUUUUCUAGAAGUUAACACGGAACCUAUGAUAUUCUCCAAUGACUCAACUCUUGUAUGGAUGAUCGCUUGGUGCAGGUGAGAAGAGUUAAAUGGCUGCUGCUCUUCAGUUCAGAAGAAAUUGCUGCAAGAUGUUCCGCACCAGCAUUUAGUGCAUUUCAUUUUGUCCCUGCUUUGUUUUCAAAGUCAUCCGUGAAUGGUCUUAUUUUUGUUUGAUGUCUUAGUUGCUGUGUAGGUCUUUUUGUUCAAGAUUGUAAUGAGAGUAUAUAAUUGUGAUCACAGUCUUGGGGACAAGACUGUUUUAAGGGGCGGGGUUUUUCACGCCCCUGGCCUUAAUUGCAAUAAUUAAAAGUAUGAUUAUAUUGUAAUUUUCAUAAGUUGGUAGGAUAUCAAUAGUGUAUUCGGGUCAAAAACAGAUUAUCGAAAAUAUUGUAUCAGAUUGGAUAUUUCUAAUUUUCAUUUUCUUCUCCGAUUUCUCUCAA